AUGCGGCGGCGGCCGCCGAGGCGGGGCGGACGCGCGGCGGCCCGGGCCGGGGAGAGGCGCCGGGAGCCCCGGCACGGCGGCGGCGGCGGCCGCGGCAGGAUGGCUGAGAGACGGCCUUGUUCGUGCCUCGCGUGUUUCUCUCGGGGACACUCAGUGUUGCAACGCUCAGGCCGUCUGAGGAGCGUCGCGGAGACGGCCUGGCGGGGAUGCGGGCGGCUGUCGCCCGCGCCACUGCUGACCUUGGGACGGUUCGGCGCGGCGUCCCCGCACCCACCGGGAGGCCGUGUCCCGCCGCCUCGAGGUGGCUCAGCUGUCGGGGGUCCCCCCGGCCCCCUGAGAGCCUCCGCUUGGGGACCCCGCGAGCGCAGCGCCCCGUCGGCUCCAGGGCGCGCGCGGAAGGGGCGGCCCGCGGGGGUCCCCGCUGCCCGGCGGGCGGACCCCGAGCCCCCGCGGCGCCCCGGCUUGGCCUGUCUCCGAGCCAAACUUUCUCAACUGCGGUGCCGCAACAUGUUCUUCUCAUUUAAGGCAUCUCCGCGGGGCUGCGGGGCUGCCACCGGUGGCCGUUUGACAGCUAUCGGCUGUACUCUGAACUGUAGUUGCCAAAGUUUCAAACCUGGGAAAAUAAACCACCGUCAGUGUGAGCAGUGCAGGCAUGGAUGGGUGGCCCAUGCCCUGAGUAAGCUGAGGAUCCCUCCCGUGUAUCCAACAAGCCAGGUGGAGAUUGUUCAGUCCAAUGUAGUGUUUGAUAUUAGCAGCCUCAUGCUGUAUGGGACCCAGGCCAUUCCAGUUCGCCUGAAAAUCUUGCUGGACCGUCUCUUCAGCGUGUUGAAGCAGGAUGAGGUUCUCCAGAUCCUGCAUGCCUUGGACUGGACCCUUCAGGAUUACAUCCGCGGAUACGUGCUGCAGGACGCAUCCGGAAAGGUGUUGGAUCACUGGAGCAUCAUGACCAGUGAGGAGGAGGUGGCCACCCUGCAGCAGUUCCUUCGCUUUGGAGAGACCAAGUCCAUAGUGGAGCUCAUGGCGAUUCAGGAGAAAGAGGAGCAAUCGGUUGUCAUGCCGCCCGCCACCGCCGAUCUCAGGGCUUUCAUCGAGAGCUGCGGCCACAGGAGCUCCAGCCUCCCCCCUGCUGUGGACAGGGGAAACCCCAGCAGUAUGCACCCCUUUGAGAGCCUCAUAAACAACAUGACCUUCAUGCUGCCUUUCCAGUUCUUCAACCCUCUGCCUCCUGCCCUGAUAGGGUCGCUGCCUGAACAGUAUAUGCUGGAGCAGGCUCCGGACCAAAGCCAGGACCCCAAACAGGAAAUCCACGGGCCAUUUGCCAACAGCAGCUUCUUGACUUCCAGCUCCACACCAUUUCAGAUCGAAAAGGAACAGUGCUUAAACUGUCCGGAUGAUGUUGCCAAAAAGGAAGACUGUGCCCAUUUAAGUGACUCCAGCUCCUACAGCCUCGUCGCUAAGCUUGAGAGGACACAGCUGUCCCCUGAAGCCAAAGUGAAGCCCGAGAGGAACAGCCUGGGCACAAAGAAGGGCCGGGUGUUCUGCACGGCGUGCGAGAAGACCUUCUAUGACAAAGGCACCCUCAAGAUCCACUACAACGCCGUUCACCUGAAGAUCAAGCACAAGUGCACCAUCGAAGGCUGCAACAUGGUGUUCAGCUCCCUGAGGAGCCGGAACCGCCACAGCGCCAACCCCAACCCUCGCCUGCACAUGCCGAUGAACAGAAAUAACCGGGACAAGGAUCUCAGGAACAGCCUGAGCCUGGCCAGCUCUGAGAACUACCAGCACCCAGCUUUCACCGUGGGAGCUCCAGACUGCAGGCCCCUCCCCGGCUACAUUGGUUCAGGGGAGGAUUCCAAAGGCCAGCCGCCAGCCUUCCCAAGCAUUGGGCAAAACGGCGUGCUCUUUCCCAACCUUAAGACUGUCCAGCCAGUCCUGCCUUUCUACCGCAGCCCGGCCACUCCCGCUGAGCUGGCCAACACGCCUGGGAUGCUGCCUUCUCUCCCUCUGCUGUCCUCUUCAAUCCCACAGCAGCUGGUUUCUAGCGAAAUGUCAUUCGAUGCUCUUCCCAAGAAAAAAUCCCGGAAGUCCAGCAUGCCUAUCAAAAUAGAGAAGGAAGCUGUGGAAAUAGCUAACGAGAAGAGGAGCAACCUUAGCUCAGAUGAAGACGUGCCCCUGCAGGUGGUCAGCGAAGAUGAGCCAGAGGCCUGCAGUCCUCAGUCGGACAGGGCCCCUGAGGAGCAGCCAACGCAGGCAGGAAGAUUAGGGAAACCGUUCCCUGAAGGGGAGAGGCCCUGCCAUCUCGAAUCCAUGAUGGAGUGCAGUGGAGCCAUCAGCCGAACCCCCGAGCAGGCCACACACACCUCGGAGAGGGAGAGUGAGGAGAAGCUAGCGCUGACCAUGUUGCCGAGGGAGGUCAAGGACGGCGGCCGUGAGCACCACUUCGCAGCUGGGGUGGAGCCCCGGGUUCCUUUUCCUGACUACGUGGAACUUCAGCAGCACUUGCUAGCCGGAGGCCUCUUCAGCGCUCUGUCCAGCAGGGGCCUGCCUUUCCCUUGUCUUGAAGAUUCCAAAGAACUGGAACACUUGGGUCAGCACGCGUUAGCAAGGCAAAAGGAAGAGAAUCGCUUCCAGUGUGACAUCUGCAAGAAGACCUUCAAAAACGCAUGCAGUGUGAAAAUGCACCACAAGAACAUGCACUCCAAGGAGACGCACGCGUGCACGGUGGAGGGCUGUAAGGCCACCUUCCCUUCCCGCAGGAGCAGAGACCGACACAGUUCAAACCUAAGCCUCCACCAGAAAGUCCUGGACCAGGAAGCAAUGGAGAGCCCUGAAGACCACUUUCGAACAGCGUACCUUCUGAAAGACGUGGCCAAGGAGGCCUAUCAGGAUGUGGCUUUCGCACAGCAAGCCUCCCAGACGUCCGUCAUCUUCAAGGGAACAAGUCGAAUGGGCAGUCUGGUUUAUCCAAUAACCCAAGUCCACAGUGCCAACCUGGAGAGCUACAGCGCCGGCCCCCUGAGUGAGGGCACCAUCCUGGAUCUGAGCACUACCUCGAGCAUGAAGUCAGAGAGCAGCAGCCACUCCUCUUGGGACUCUGAAGGGGCGAGUGAGGAAGGCACCGCGCUUAUGGAAGACAGCGACGGGAACUGUGAAGGGUCCGGCCUUGUCCCCGGCGAAGAUGAGUACCCCAUCUGUGUCCUGAUGGACAGUGCCGACCAGAGCCUCGCCAGCCUGCCUUCCGGCCUGCCCAUCACCUGUCACCUCUGCCAAAAGACGUACAGUAACAAAGGGACCUUUAGGGCCCACUACAAAACCGUGCACCUCCGCCAGCUGCACAAAUGCAAAGUGCCGGGCUGCAACACCAUGUUCUCAUCCGUUCGCAGUCGGAACAGGCACAGCCAGAACCCCAACCUGCACAAAAGCCUGGCCUCGCCGCCAAGUCCCCUCCAGUAA